AUGGAGGAAGGGAGAGGCGAUAACUUCGACGGUGUGAGCACCUACCGCCUUAUAAUGGAGUUACUGGAAGAAAUCCGUUUGAAGGAUAUAGUGCAACUAUCAAUUCUUGAAAUAAGACACAAGUUAGCGGAACUGGAAGCCAAACUCAAUACUGAUGAUGAAGGUGGUGAAUGGAAAGUUCGUUAUGAGACACAACUUGAACUGAAUGAUCAAUUAGAAAAGCAAAUUGUUUCUCUAGAAGAUAAAAUGGAAAAAAUCCAUGGAAAUUCUCCAGAUAGAUUGUCUUCUGCUUAUGAACAAAUGCCAGUGGAAUACUUAAAUACAUUACUUAAACAGCUAGAAAAAGAGGAAAGAGGCCUUGAAAAUCAAGUGAAAGACUGUGCACUCAGACUGGAACAAGAAUCAAGGGCUUACCGCAAGACCAACAAUGAGCACUGUAGGUACCUAGCUGAAAUGUCUUGGGUCUCUGACUCAUACCAAGUUUUUAAAAGGAAACAGAUGGAUCAACUGCCUAGAAUGAAAGAGAAUCUAGUGAAAAUGACCCGGCACGUGGGCAACAAACAGGCCAUGGCGGCCUCAAUUAUCCGCCCAGAGCGCGGCCAAAUCUCUGGCCAGGCAAAAAUAGACCUCUUGUUAGUUGGAGACCUCACUGUUCAGUACCUGGCAGAUAUUGCACAGAAAUCCUUUUCAAAUAUUGCAAAAGUCACCAUAACCAUCAGGAAUGUGGGGCAGGCAGCCGCACUGCUGAAGGACCGCCCAUUUGACAUGGUUUUCCUGAAGAUGACUUCUUUGCCAACAGCCGAGUUGCUGGGAGCUAUCAAAUUAAUUAGAUUUGGCAAGAAGAAAAAUACACAUUUGCUGUUUGUUUUUAUCACCCCUGAAAAUUUUAAAGGUUGUGUUUCAGGGCACGGAGCUGACAUUACUCUAAAUGAACCAAUGACCAUCGAGAAAAUGAGUAUUGUGGUAAAGUACUGGAAAACCUAUUUCUCAAAUACUGCUAAGAUUGAAUAUUCUUUAAAGCCUGAAGAACCAAGAUUGCCCCUGCAGAAGUCCUGCAGUGAACAAUUGGGAUAUUUUUCUACUGAUCUAUUUGCUUGCUCUGGAUCUCUAAGAAAUGACUUUGGGCUUGAAUUAAAGGCUCCGUUGCCAGAUUUUGAAAAAAACAAAAAGAUUUCUCUUCUUCAUUCAAGCAAGGAAAAGCUAAGAAGAGAACGAAUCAAGUAUUGCUGUGAGCAGCUGCGUACUCUGUUGCCGUAUGUAAAGGGAAGAAAGAAUGACUCGGCUUCGAUUCUUGAGGCAACGGUUGAUUAUGUGAAGUACAUCCGGGAGAAAAUCCCCCCAGCCAUUAUGGGCCAGAUUACGGACAUACUUCAGAGCAAUCGGAGGUUUUGUAAGAAGCAGCAGAUGUCCGUCCAGCUAUCCCUCCCAGGCACGAUCACGGCACAAAGGGAAAAUGGUGUGUUGACAAGCACUUAUUCACCUGUGAGAGGGAUCAGAUUCCUGACUAAUAAGUGCUUGAAUGUGUACUCUGUUCCUGCCUCAGGGGGCUCCUUGGAUGAAGCUGUGAAAGGUCAGUCCAGCUCCACUUCAGAGAAUGCAAUUGGUGAUGUGUAUAAAACUCGAAUUCCUGGCAAAGCCCUCUCCCUUAAUUCCUUCCAUGCUGUCAGAUACUAUUCUAAAGUCAUCCCUUCCUAUGAUGCAGCUGCUGUAACAAAUCAGAACAUUUCAGUUCAUUUUCCAUCAGCUGUGCCCAGAGUCUCCAAGUUUCUUCCUCAGCAUUGCAAUGCUGUGCUGGGCCAGACGUGCACCACACAUCCCAACUGUCUGCAACAGUUUUGGGCAUAUUAA